UGGUGAUUGUCGCCGAUCAUGUAUGGUAGUUUUGCGCGUUCGUGAAACAUGUGCUAUCCGCUUAGUGUUGGCCGUCUGUCGAUGUUGUUAUUACUGUGCAUCCGUCUGUCUGAUUAUAAUGUCAAAUACAUACACGGCUGAGAAAAAAUCGGAAACCAAAUCCAACCCUUCACAUUUGCCCACCAUCCGGAUACAAGCUGAAUUGUUCGAACCCACUGAAAAUAGAUAUCCUGUAUUCAACUAUCAAAAAUUAUUGCUCAUCGAAGAAGUAAGUUAUAGAAUUGAAAAUUCAUACAUUAUAUAUUAUGUAUACCUAUGAGUGUGAGUGUGUGUGUGUGUGUGUGUGCGUGUGUGUACGUACGUACGUGUGUAUGUGUGUGUAUGUGUAUGUGUGUGUGUUUGAGUAUAUUAUAUGUACAUACGAAUAUGUAAUACCUUAGUGCAAAAUAUUGUUAUACUUAUAACUUUUACAUACGUAUAAUGCAAUAACGACAAAUUACGUGUAUGUGUACACAAAUUGCAUUAUCACUACGAUUAUAAACAUUAAACACAACAACAUGUACUGUGAAACAUUCAUUGAUAAAUCAGAUUUUUAGAAGUUCCCAGGCUAUUGUUAUUAAAUAAUAUUAUUAUUAUCUAGUUAACUAUUAUUAUUAAAUUGUUUUAUUGAUUGUUUAAUUAAUAUUAUUACUAUUAUUAUUUUCCAUUUUUCAAUGAUAACAAUUAUAGCGUUGACCCGCCUUUCCUAUUGAUAUUAACUGUAUUCGCCAAUUUACUCCUGGACAAUUUUGUUAUAAAUAUUGAUUGAUUCUUAUUUAUUAUUGUGUGUAAGAUAAUAUUCCCGUUCAAGAUUUUUUGUUAGGCACCUACAUAAUGUCAUUUUUGGGUUAUACCUAUUACGUUUUAUGUAACUAUUUGUACAUUCUGUUUUCAUUUGUUAGUAAAAAUAUAUAUUAAUUUUAUUUUGAUUAAAAUAAUUUUAUAAUUUGGUCGAAAACUAUUUUUUACAAGAUUAUAAAACACAUAUUUUUUAUUUUAUAUCAAGUUGUAUACAAUUUUUGUUAGGUAAUAUUUUAGCUGCAUUAGUAAGUAACUAAUGUGUCCAAGGGUGGACCUAGGAAUUAGAUAAAAGGGGGUUAAACAAAUAAUUCACUAUUAUUCACUACAACCUAUCGAUUAUAAUAAUGUAAUUUUGAAGUUAAUAUAAAAUUUAAACAAUUUAGAAUUUACAUGCUAAAGGGAGGGGGCUUCAGCUUCCAUAACUGAGGCCGCUUUAUAUCUGCCCCUGCAUUAGUUCUAAUUUGUGUGUAGUUUCAAGUAAACUUAAACAUUCGACUUUUAAAAAAUUAAAUAAAUUUUUACCCUUAAAUCUUUUCAUUACUUAUUAAUUAAUUAUCAUUAUUAUUAUGUACCUACUGAACAUUUUUAGAUUUGAAACGUAGUGAGGGAUCUAUUUUUGUUUUGAAGUGAUUAUGAUAGAAGUGUAUUGUGAAUAUUUAGAUUCAAGGUGGCUAUUAUCAAAUAGUUGAUUAAAUAAAGAGAGAAAAGAAAACUUUUGACAUUUUAUCAGAUUGAAAUUAAUUAAAAAAAAAAAAAAAAUUAAAGUUUUUAAAAUGUUACUUUUAUUUAAUGUUUAACGCAUCAGGUUCAUAUCUUAUUAUCAUUUCCUAGAUUAUUUUUUCUUAACAUUAAAUUGUCAUUUGACCAAACAUUCUUAUUUUUGUAUCCAAUUUGGUAAAUAUCUAGGUAUAUAAAAAUUUGUUUUGUAUAGUUAAUUAUAUUUUGUAUGAAUAAACAAUAAGGUAAACAAUGGUUACUAAAAUGGCUUGAUAGCCAUUUUCAAAUUGUAUCAAUUCAUAGCAUGAUUGGCCAAUUAUAUAUUGUACUAGACACUUAGUGAUUAUUAAAAUUAAUAUUUGUAUUUUUUUUGUUUAUAGAAAAAACGUCGAAGAAGAGAUCAACAAUCUAAUUAUGUUGAUGAACAUGAUGAAUCGAUAAAACAAUUUGCAGAUCAUUAUGAACAAAAAUAUGCAAGUUUACAUAAAAACAUUGUUUAUUAAUAUAAUAAUAUUAUUAGAUUUUGAUUUUAGUAUAACUGGUUCAUAUGAUUUUUAUAAUAUCACACAUUAAUUUUAAAAUUUUGUGUAUAUAUUAACUGAAUCAAGGCUUGGUCUAGUAUUCACUUUUAAUAGUCUUCAAAAUUCUAAAUUUAGGGGUUGCAGAAUAAUAGUGGUAUAUUUCUAAUUGCAUUUAAAAAUAUAUUGAUUUAUUUUUUAAUAAAAUAUGUAACUAAGACUGUUUCAUUGAUAUAUUUACAUUACUUUAUAGGGGUCAAGUGGGGUUAAGAAGAAAAAAAAGAAAAAAACAGCAUUUUACAAUUAUUCUGAACUUGCUGCUGGUUAUGAUGAAAAUGAUUCAUUUAUUGACAAUACAGAAAUUGUAAGUAUAUAAGAUUAUAUGUAAUAGGGCUACUGAAUCUACUGAAUGUUUGUACCUAUGAAUAUUAAAUAAAUAACUACAAAUAAUACUUAUAUAUAUAUAUAUAUAUAUAUAUAUAUAUAUUUAUUCCUCUAUUAAUAAUUUGCAUGCUUAUUGAAAAUUAAUACUUGAUUGUAAAAUGUUUAAUUUUAAACUCUGGGUGUAGGUAUAAAUGUAAUGGGUCUACUAUGAUCAUAUUUGUGUUUUGAUAAUUAUUUUUAUCUACACAUAGAUUAGAUGUAUAAGCUCAAUAAAAUGAUCUAGAUAUAGAUAGAUAAUAAAAUAAUUAAAUAUAUCCAGAUAAAGAUCAGAUAAAAUCAAUUUUAUCUAGAUAGAAAUAAGAUGAUUUUUACAUCUUAUUCUUAAAAUAUAUUUUUGUUAAAUAUAUUAUUCUUGUUACAUACUAAAUAUUAAUACUAAUAUGAGUUUAGUUUUAAUCACUAAUAAUUAUUAACAAAAUAUGUUAAAUGAUUUAAAUGAUCAAUGAUCAUGUAACAAUGUCAAUAGACAAUUUUUAAGAGGAAAGACUAGUUGUAGAUAUGGAGACCAACUGAUAAUUUUUAUAAAAGUACACCAAUGAAAUAGGACUAUGAAAAUGAAAUGAUAAUUUAUUACAAUAUAUUAUUAAAUGAUUAUCUGUAAAAAUAGACAAUGUUCUUACAUUUAAGUUUAAUAAUAGGCUAAUAUAAUGUAAUAUAAAAUUAAUAGCACAAAAUUGGUUUAUGUAUACAAACAAAUAUAAAUGUAACAAUAUUGAGCUUAACUUAUAUUUGCAGACUGUAAUACAAAAGAUCUGAUACCUGAAAUAAAAUUUGUUUUGUUCAAUGUUUUUAAGUUUCUUUUCUUGCAAUAAUUACUAGUCUAGCUCGAAAAUUUUUUUUUUUUUUAAUAUUUAAAAAUAAAAAUUUUUUUUAGAUAGCUACUUUAUAAAUUUAUUUUUAAAUAAACUGAUAUUUUUAAUUUUCUAAAAUAUUUUGAAGUUUAUGAUAAUAUAAAUUAUUUUCAUUAUUCUUAUUACUAAAUAAGGUUCACCUUAGCCUUUCCUUACUUCAUUAAUUAUGUUCCCUUUCCAAUUGCUGGAAACUAUUCCCGAUCUUGGUUUGUCUCACGAAUAAUCUAUUUAUUCUCUUUCUCAUUGAGACUGCCUGUUGCACAUCCCUUAAGAUCCUUGUUUUGUUAGCCGUAUUUCAAGGGAUUUUCACUUUCUUUCCCCUCUACUUCCCCUCUAUACUGUAAACUUAUUCAUCUCAUCGUGGAGUACAGUUCUGUACUUUAGGACCCAAACUUCUCUAUCAUCAGAUAUGAUCAAGCGUGUUCAGAGGAAGUUCUUCUGAAUUUUUGCUUACAGACUUGAAAUCCUUUGUCCCCCAUGUGACUACUUACUUGUCUUGUUUAUGCUGAGCCUCUUCUCAUUUCGUUCGUUGGCGAAUCUUCAAUUCCUGUCAAAACUUUUAUCCAACCAGAUAGACUCCCAUUCCUUACUUAACAAAAUAAGCUUUUGUGUUUCUCCACGUAACAUUUGUUCUUCUAUUCUCUUUUCCAUUCCUGUUUUACCUUCUAAUUUCCUUCAAAAUGCCCUUAUGGUUUGUUUCCCCGUUCUGCUAACACCGACUGUAACUAUCUAGUAAUUUAAUCUGUUCUUAUAUGUUAAUUAGGAUGUAUUCUAUUGUUCAUUUAUAUGUUCUAUUAAUAUAUUUUAUUACUUGGUAAUUGGACUGAUUCCAUUUGAAAAUAAAAUAUCAAACUAUUACCUAUUUUUACAUGAAAAAUCAUUAUGCGAAUGUUUUUUGUAGAAUUAAAAAAUUGUAAAAACUUAAUGGAGUUUGCCAAAAUUUUUUUUAAAAUAUAUUUAUAAAAUUGCUAUUUUAGAUAUGUAUGUUAAAAACAUUUUUUCUAACAUUAAAAUUUUUUUUAAGUUUUCAAAAAAAGUAUAAAAUUAAGGAUUUAGAAAUUAUUAUAAUAUGUAAAAAAACAACACAAAUUAUUUCAGGUGUCAGAUCUUCGUGUUAUAUUCCGUAUACAUAUUUAUUUAUUAUACAUGUUAUGUUGCAGUUUGAUGAAGUCAUGCCAGAAGAAGUUGAAACAAAACAUGGUGGUUAUUAUGUAAAUACUGGUUCUUUAGAAUUCAAACAAGUUUAUGUAUCUGAUGAUUCAGAAGAAAUAAAAUCUAGUCAACCUCGUAAGGUAAAUUGUUAAUUUUAUUGAUUGAUCAAAAUUGAAUAUAAAUAUAAUUUACCAUAAUGCAAUUUUAUUUUUUUAAUAUAAAGAUUUUAUUGUUUUUUUUUUUUUUUUUUUUUACAAUUUUAGCAAUUUAUAAACUCUGUAUUAGAAGAUAGUGAUGAAAAACUGCCAUCAUUUGCUAUUUUAAAUAAUUCAGAGAAAAAUUCAUUUACAGAAACAAAGGUAUUAUAAGUAUACAUAUUUUUAUUAUUUAAAGGUUAAUCUUUCCUUUUAGACAAUUUAUUUUAAAUAUCAAAAUAUUUGGUAACAAUAUAAGUGUUGGUGGUUACUAACAUUGCCAUCUGUAAGGUUUGAAUAUAUCUCUACCAUUAAAAUAUGAUUUUAUUGUUGAGGCAAGUAUAAUUUGAUUUUUCUAGAAAAGUCAUAAUAUAUCUAUCCUGUUUAGUAUUAGUCUGCAUAUUUUGUUUUAAAUAUUGUUUGUGUAUAAUUUUUUGAUUUGUUCUUUAAAGUACAAUGUAUUUUAUUGUUGAAUAAUGUAUUGAUGAAACAAGAUUGCUUAAAUAGCCAAAAAAUAGUCUAAUAAAUUAAUUAUAUUUAAAUAUUUGUAUAGACUUCUGAAACCUCAAAUGGAACAUCUUCUUGUUCUGAUGAAGAAAAAGGAUCUAAACCUACUUGUCCAUCAGUAGUUCAGAUGAAUGGAAAAAUCAAAAGAAGGCACUCAAUUGAUUCUGACAGUGCCAGUUCCAUUAUCCCAACUAAGAAGAAGAAAAGUAGUACAGUUAAACUAUUAAUUCAAGAAAAAAGAGUGCAAAUACCCGAUUGCAAGCCAAGUAUUUAAGUUUUUUAAAUUUAUAAAUAUUUUUAAUUAGUAUUUUCCUGUUAUUGCAACUAUCUAGAUAUUAGCUUACAUCUACAUUCAUUUUGUUAUUUUAUUGAUCUUGCAAUGGUAUAUUUGGUCUAAUUUUUGCCUAAAUAUUCAUGAAUAGUGUUGACUGAUAAAUUCCCAUUUAUUAUCUAUUUAGACAAAUGAUAAUUUCUCUUUUGAUUUAAAAAGUUGUUAUUCAAUAAUAUCUUGAUUUAAUUGGUUUUUAAUUUAAUUAUUGGGUGGAAAUGCAUUUGAAUACUAUUUAAUCAGCAUAUUAAUUAAAAUACAAAUUAUUUAUUGGCAUAAAUAAUAAUCAAUCCUGCUAUAACAGUUUUAUUAGACUGAUGCAUGAAUAUUGUAGGAGUUGGUAGUCGCAAUAACUGGGUGAUCCAGCAUAGUUAAUAUUAGCUUUUAUAACUUAAAAUUAAAUUGUAAUGUCAAUUAUUCUUUAGGUUGUUCAAAAGAUACUCAACCUAUAUCUUCUGAAGAAUUACCCACAGCUGAAAAUAAUGUUAGUUCUGUUAGUGAUACUAUUGAAUCUGUGAUAUAUGCAGCUUGUUCAAAGCCUUCAAAUGUAUCAUGUUAGUAUAGAUAGAUAGUUGCAUACUAGGAUUAAAUUAAAAGUUAAAUAAUUAAAUUUUAAUUAUUUUAGCAAGUCCAGAAAUUGAAAUUGUCAAGAGUACUCAAAGCACAUUAAAUCCACCUAACAGUAUUGAUAUACCAAUAUCCAAUGGUGUUCAAAACAAAGUGGAUGAACUACCUCAAAUAAUAGAGGAAAUUAUCGGAUUAAUUAAGACUGAAGCUGAAAUAGCAAUCCAAAAUAAUUUUAACAUUUUUUCAGAAAAAAUUAAUUUAUAUCUAUUAAGGUAAAUAUAAAUACGUAUAUAGUGGGGCAUACCUUUUGAAUCAUGUUGAAUUUUUUUAUGCAAAUAAUCUUUAAACAAUUGGUAUACAUUUCACUUCAUUUAUUAAAAAAAAACAUUUAAUACACAAAACUAUUAUGGUAUUAAUCUAUGAUGUAUAUAUUAUAUAAUAAGUAGUAUUACUUAGGUAUCUAAUUCUUUCUACUUGUUAUUUAUUAUUAUACUAUGCAUUUACUUUAAUAAAUUUUAAAUUAAUUAUUGUAUUUAAAAUUGAUAAAACAAUUUCUGAAACCAUAUUCUUUUUAGCCAUUAUGACUUUUGUCUGUUUUAAUAAUAUAAUACUCUUUCACUUGUAAGAAACUAAAUUCCACUUGUUUCAUAAAAAUAUUAAAUGUCUACACAUUUACUUAAUAAGGUUAAAUUAAAUGAAAAUAUUAUAUAAAAAUCAAUAAAAUCAAAAUAUUGCAUUAUUUAAUAAUUUUACAGGGAAUAUUGAUUUGGAUUUUAGAUUUUAUGGGUGGUGAGGAAUGUAUUGUUUUUCAUUAGCAAUGGCUUAUUUUUGUUACAGACAUAAAUUAAAUAACUAUGUAUCUUACUUUACCAACUCAAGUACCCUAAAGUACCUUCUUAUUCAGAUUUCCUUUCAGAAAAAGUUCUAUCAUUGUAAACCAGAGCAAAAUUGCUUUCAGAAAAAUUGUUUACAGGAAAAUAAAAAAAGGACAUCAUACUUUUUAACUAACACUUACAUUUUAUACAUUUUUUGUUUUUCUCAUGUAGAUAAAAUUUCAUUUUAGAAAAGCUACCCUUAGUACAUCAGAGCAAGAUUCCUGAAACAAAUUUCAAUUGAUUUCAAAAGUUUCAAUUGCACAACAAAUUAAGGGAUAUUUUAAAAUAGUCCAAGCGAGCUUGGGACCCUGGUACACCCAAAAUGUAUUUGUGUUUUUCUUGUUUGAGUGAAAGGAAAAAAAAAUGCAAAAAAUUUGUUAUAAAACUCUGGUUUGAACCCGUAACACACCUAGGAUAUCAAUAGGAAUGUAUGGUAAUACAUUCCUAUGACCAUUAGACUACAACAAAUAUAUUUAGUUUUGACAAUAUAUAGUUAAAUAACUAUAUCCACAUAUCAAUACUUCAGAAAGGCGAAUUUCGAAACUAUAUAAAUCCACUCAAUUCUUUACCAUCGUUCUUAAAUCGACAAUAUACAUAAUAUGUUCAAAAUAAAAAAUUGAAAAAUUAGAUUUGUUCCAAAUAAUUUUUUACUCAAAAAAUUUUUGUCAAAAUUUGAUAUUAAAAUUUAAAAAAUAAAAUACUACAUUAAACUCAAUUUUUUUUUUCUGUUUAGUCUAACAAUUUUACCUACCGAGUACAAAUUAUGUUUAAAACGUGUAAAUUUAAAAUUUCUAAAAAUAGCUUACAUUUUUUGAAAAUUUUACUACAUAUAGAAAAAGUCCAUAAAUCAAUACAAAUAUUUUUAACUGAAUUUCAACAAAAAUAUUAAAAUUUUUAUAAAAUGUUUUGAAAAAUUACCAUUUCUAGGAAAGACAAAUAUAAGAAUAUUUCUGUCUAAAUUUCAAGUCUUUACAAAUAACAAAAUUAAAAAAAAUCAUUAUAAAAAAUUAUUAUUUUGAAGAAAUACAGAAACUAGAAAUGGUGUAUAAAUUUUGGAGCAAGAAUAUUUGUACAAAGUAAAAAAAAACAAUUAUCUUUGUAAAACCAAUACAUUCUUCCUUACCCUCCAAAUCUAAAAUACUUUUAGAACCCUGGAGCUUUAAUAACUGAUUUGGGUUAGUCAUAACGUUGUUAGUAGUAAAAUUAAAAAAAUUGAGUUUUUUUUUUUAUAAUAUUUUAUGUGUUAAAAGUUUAAAUUUGAUGAAAAUGAUAAAAAUUCUAUGAUUUCAGAUUUUUUUACUCAAAUUUUUUUCUAUUCCCUAAUUUAUUGCUACUUACAGGUAUAAAUUAAAUUACUUAUAGUUAUUAUCCUAGUAUAAUCUUAUCUUCUGAACUUCCCACCUACAACAGUUGCACACCUAUUAGUAGUGCCACAUUUUGCAAAUUAUAUUUAUAAUCUUUUUAUAAGCGUCGUUUGAAUUAAAUUAAUUUUCACAAUUUUUUUUCGGACUUCUGUUUGUAUGGUUUUGACUACUUAGUCAAAAAUUAAAGUUAAAUGUGCUCUUUAGAGAGUUUUGCUCUUUAUGAAUAAUAAAUUAUUGAAAUUGAGCAUGAGAGUUUUUAUUAUAAAGAAUAUUUUGACCAUUAAUAACAGGUUGCAUAUGGGUCCUUAAGUUUAUAAAUUAAUUAAAUUAUGCCUUUUUUGCCAUGGUUUUUUGUUUUAGUCUUGAAUAUCAAAAAGAAUUAUUUGUAUUUAAUGCACAACCAAUUUAUUCAACAUUAUCUGAAUGUAUGCUGUGUGACAAAGAGAAGCUUAUUAACAAAAUAAACCAAUUAGUUGAUUCUGAGGAAGCAAAAAUUACUGAACCAUUGGAAAGGUAAGAAAUUUUUAAAAUUUAAAAUUAUUUAAUUUAUAUUAUUUACUACGUAAUAUUUAUUUCUUAAAUAAAUCUAUGUAUUACAUUAAUUAGGUUAAGAAAUGCUAUUAAAAAAAUUAUACCAUCAGUUAUUCAACAAUAUGAUUUGGAGUGUUCUAGAAUCUUGGACCAAAGGUAUGUGUUUUUUUUUUUUAAUAUACAUUUUAGAUUUUAGUGUAGCGAGAAAUGUAUUGGUUUUAUUAUAAUGUGAGUUUUUCUUUUGUCAACAAACUUUUCUAUCAGAAAUUUUGAUCCUAUCAUCAAGUUAAAAUGUUACUGGUAGCAAAUUUUGUCUAGUUGGUGCAUUAGGAAGAUCAUUUUCUUUUCUCCUGAUUUUUGUCUUAACUUUUCCAAAUAAUUAGGAACAAUGCAAUAACGGUUUCUGUUGUUUUUUUUUUUGUUGUAAUUUGAAUACAAAUAAUCUUGGAAUUUUUAUAUUAGCAUUUUCUAGAUUUCGAAACAUUCUGAAAAUUUGUUUCCAAGCAGUUGCUUCUUAAACAAAAAAAUAUUAAAAACCGCUAUUCUAAGUUCUAAUGCAUCAUAUACUUGUUCAAAAUGUAUAAUUUUUUUUUAUUUAUGACUUCCUUUAAAAUUUGUAUUUAUAUUUGUACCUGAACACGUGAAUUCUAUGUUAUAAUAAAAUAUGUUUAACCUAGCACAGUAUGAACUUGAAUUUUAGUUGUUAGUAAAUAAUAAGGUAAGGUUAAGGUAGAUGGGAUGUUUUUCUUAGUCACUUAAAAUAAUUACAUUUUAGCUAUUGACAUUAGACUUAACUAUUGGUAAGAGUUAAAAAUAAGUCAUUGAUAACCACAAGAUAAAAUAAUACUAACAAAUAUUAGACUUGUCUUUAGUUUAUGUAUUUAGGGCAAACUAACAUCAAACUUUUUUAAUAAUGUGACAUCGUUUAUAGUGUGUUCAAAUUAUUUUUUUCUGUUUUGGAAUAUAAAACGGGUUAUUAUUGUAUAAUAUAUAGGUUUUUAGUACUUAAAUUAUGGUUCAAUUUUUGUUAUGAAUAUAUCAGGACGAUGAAUGGAAUUUCAAAUGAUGGAUCAAAAUCAAAACCUGGACCAAAAAGACCACGUCGUAAAUUUCCUUGGAAUGAAGAAUUUAGGUAUAUCAUUAAGUUAAUUUUUAUUAUUCUACUUAAAAAUCAUAUAGUUCAUAAUGAAUAGGCAUAUUUAUUUAUUUAACAUUUUGUAGAUUAGUUAUCUUUAUAUUAAUAUUAUUAAAAUAAUGAGAAUAAUUGAUUAAUUAUAACAUAACAUCAAUAGUAGUAGUUAAUUUCCCUGCAACAUACAUACAAUUAAGAGUAACCUACAAAUAAUACCAUAAAAAUACCUUUUGAGAGAAAAGUCUAAUGUUUUGAAUUUUUGAAAUCUUAUAUUUUCUAUUGAUUAAAAGAUAAUUUAUUUGUAUAUACUUCCUUUGUUUCUAAAACAAAUUUCAAUGAAAACAAUCAAGACUCCCAUUGUCACUGUUGAAAAAAAAUUCAAUGACGCCAAUUGGUGUCAUGAAAGUUCAUAAGUUCAAACUUGGAAAUAAAUGUUUUUAUAUAUUCAAUAUGUGUAAAAACUUAGUACCAAAGUUGAAUUUGAUAAAAAAUAAUUUCACAUGUACCGGAAUAAGAACUGCAAAAAAAUAUCACAGUCAAAGUGUAAAAAAAAAAAUCAUCAUAUAGUAGUUGUGUAGUUCAACGUGUUUAAUUUCUUAUAUACCUUUUUUUAAAUCCUCCACUCCGCAAACAUUUUCUGUGUACAUGUCCUCUUAUCAGUUAUUUCUUGUAUUAUAUUAGUAAUUAUAUGAUAUAGAUUUUUUAACACUAAUUGGAUAAUUAUUAAUAAACCCAGGUAUUACUCCUCUAAUAAAUAGCUAAAUGAUGUAAUGUAUUCUUAUUUAAUAAGAAUUAAAAUUAUAAAAGCACAUUUUAAAUAUUUUUGUGUUAAAUUCUAUAAUAAUAAAAAUACAAUCUUAUUUUAAUAUAAAAUACUCAAUACUCUGUUUAUGAAAUAUGUACUUGUCACUUGUACUAUAUUAUUUAAAAAGGUAUAAUUAUUUACAUAAGAAUGAAUAGAGUAUGAAUUAUUGGUAAUUGUAAUAUUAUAAGAUAUAUCAAUAAUAUUUAUUAUUUGUUAUAGAACAUAUUUACGAGAGAUUAUAAAUAUUCGAACAACUACCUAUUCCAAAAUUAAAAAAUCACAACCUGUAGAAAUUUUUAUUUCUGAGUUUAUAAAUAGUCGGAUCAAACCAUUAUGGCCAAUGGGGUGGAUGAAAUCUGCUAAUAUUCUAAAAGAACUUAAAGCAAAAGAAAAAGAUUCGCGGUUAGUUUUUUUAACAUAUUUUCGUAAAAAUAUAGAAAUAUAUUUUAGAUUUAAAUGUUCAUUGAGUAAAUGUAAAAUAUAAUUUAAUUAUAAAAUAAAUGCAUGUUCUUUACAGACCUAAACUAUCAAAAAAACAACCAUUACAUAAUAGUCCAACUAAAUUACUCAGUGCUAUUAAAUUAGCAUCUGAACAUAAAGUAUCUAAAUCUGCCAUGAACAAAUUGCAUAAGUGGAAUAAGCAGAAGACUUCAAAAACACCAGAUUUAAGUUCCAGAACAACUAGUCACACUUCAACUACAACUCCAUCUGCAAAAUCUAAUCUUAAGAAAUUGUAUGAUUCAGUAGUCAUCAGUACUAUAAGUAAUGACAUAUGUCCUUAUCAAGCAACCAUUACAACUACUGCAAUUAAUGGUUGUAAAUCGAAAGAAUCUGAAAAAAAUAGUGUUAUUGUAAAAACAGAAGCACUACCAGGAGAUAUAUUAGAUUUAUCACCAAAUAAAUCCAGUCCAAUAUCAUUUGCAUUUAACAAAUUAAAAGAUGUUACUGUGAUUUGCAAUAAUACUACACAAGACAAUAACAGCUCUACUAAAACGGUAAGAAUAAAUCAUGUUUGAAUAUGUAUAGUUUUUUUUUUUUUUACAUUAAACAAAAUCUUCAAUUAAAAGUUGGUAUUAAAUAUUUAUUUUAUUUUAAUUUAUUUUAUAUACAUAUAUAUAUUUUAAAUUUCACAUUGUUGCUUAAUAAAACAAAUAUGUACAAUAUACAAGUCAUUUUAAAUUAAUUAACAGUGUCAACUUUAUUUUAUGAUUGCUUUUUAUAAUACAGAAUAAUUAAUAUAUUAAUGUAUAUGUUGGCUUUAGUUCUUUUUUUCUUAUUUUACACUUAUUUAUUUUAUUCAGUUUUAUGCAUGUAACAAAUUAUAACUUGUCACAUAGUUAACAUUCAAUUUUGUUUGACUUUUGGUUUUGCACUUCAGGGUGUUUGUUUUGUUAAUAUCCUAUACUAUGUUUAUACAUAAAUAUAUAUAUAUAUAUAUAUAUUUUUAUAAAUUUAUUGCCACUAAUAUUUUUAAUUUUGUAUCGUUAAUCAAAGUUAAACAAAUAUGAAAAAUGUUUUUCUGAUAUAAUCUAUUGAUAUUAAUGAAAAUAGUAAGAAUAAGGGUUUGAAUUAAAUAACACUUUUUAUAGAAAUAACAAUAAUUUAUUUUCUCAUAUAUAUAUAUGUGUAUUUUGACAACACUCUCUAAUUAAUGUCCAAGCCUAACUAGUUAAUGUUAAAAUACUUUUUAAAAGAAACAAUUAUUUGCUAAUAAGUUAUUUACAAUUUUAAUGAAAAAUAGUAAUUAAGUUUGAUUAAAAGUUAAUUAAUGAAAAUACAAACUAAAUUAGAAAACAAUUGCUGAGAUAAAACAAAUACCCAGAUAAUAUAUAUAUAUAUAUAUAUAUUUUGAUAUUCAUCUAAAUUUAAAUUAUUUCAUUGUCAUCAUUUAAUUGUAAAAUACAUCAAUAUCUGUUCAAUUUUAAUAACAUUUUUAUUUAAGGUUGUUGCUCUUUGUUGCUUAAAUAUUUAUUCUCCAGAACUUAAAGUGUUUAACAUGAACUCUGGAUUAUACAGUUAAAUUUUAUAAACAUUUGUUUAAAAUUAGCAUAUGAUAUUUUAUUGACAAGAGAGAAAUUAGUGCUUUAAAACCUUUUUUGAUUUAAGUGUAGUUUGAACAUUUAAUUUUGGUUAAAUUUGAUCAACCUGAUUGUAUUUAAAACUGUGACAUGGUGUACAAAAUAAUAUAAUACAAUAAUAUGGGCACAUUAUGACUUUUUUAAAGUGAAUUUUUUUUUAGUCUAAUGUCAUUAAAUUAUAGUUAUUUUAUAAAAAUAAUGAACUCGUUAAGUUUUACUAACUAUAGUGUUAUAAUGUAACUAGUUAGUUUCACAAAUAUUACAAUAACUAGUAUUUAAAUUAGGAAAGGAUGUAGUAAAUAAGGGGAGGGGGGGUGUUCUAGUACAUUGAGAAUGGUGAAUUUGAAUGAAAUGAGAUAAAUAAACCUUUUUUUUAAUGGUUUAGUAAGUAAAAAGUGAUAAAUUGUAUGAAUAAUUUACGUGUUCUGAAAAAGUAAGACAAGAAUUAAAUGAAAGAGAUCUAGUGAACUUAAUGAUUUAUUUAAUUAUUAGAUUUUACUAAAAUUGUGUAAAAGUUUCUAAAAAUCGUAUAUUUAAUAAUGGAGCCAAGAUAUAAAAAUAUGAAUUGACAUAGAGUAGGUAUUAUAUGGUUUAUCAUAGAAAAAUAAGAGUGUCUUGAGGAUAAACCUGUGUGGCCAAUCAGAAGUGUGUGAAGUGUGGUGAAUGGCUCGCUAUGCCUGUUGGUUUUACGUUUCAAAUGAAGCGUCGUGUGCAACAAGAGGACCUCCAUGCUCUUUGAUAGGCUAUCCCCCCUUACAAAGAGUUGUAGAGAAAGAAGAAUAGCCUCAUACCUAAUAACUGAAACCUGAUAAUAAUGCAAGGAGGAUAGUAUCCUAAAUGUAAACCUAAACCUUGCUAUAGUGAAAAAAAUACUUUUAAAAUACUGAUACUGCUGAUGAGUAUACAAUGGUAUACAUUGUUUUAGGUGGGAAAGUAGGAUACAUAAAUUUAUUUCAUUUAUAUCUGUAUACAAAAUAAAUAUAUAUUAAUGUUGACGAAAAGUAUUCUAACCACUAAAGGGAACUUUUUAUCAACCUGUCAAACUUUUCAUGAACCCUCUUAUUAAAUUUUCAAGCAUUUAUAUUCAGUCAAACCAUUUUAUUCGCGUAAAACCAAAUUAAAAUUUGAACACAUCUAUAAAGUAUUCUGUGAAAAUUUCAAGUGAUUUAUUAUUAUUUUUUAAACAAAAUAUUACAAAAAAAAAACAAGUCAAAGAUGAUGAAGAUAUCUUUACAUUUUCAGUUUUUCUCAAUUAUUAAGAAAAUUGAGGCAAAAUAAAAAAAACCACUUUUUUAUGCAUCAACUGUCUAAAUUUUCUUUUAGAAAAGAUGCUACUUUUAAAUACAAAGAAAGAUUUAUGGAAAAAAAAAAUUAAAUUAAAAUUAAUGAAACGCUUUUCAUAUAGGUUUUAUUUCUUCCAAUUUUCCUAGUUAUUAAUUAUAAAAUCUGAUUGGAAAAUCAAAAAAUAAUUUCUCCAGUACAAUAGCUAAAUUCAAAAUGAUACAAAACUUCUCUCUUGUUAUUUUUUGAUUGGAACAAAAUUUAUAGUAGAAAAGUUGUACACAGACAGAAAAAAAAGAAUUAUAAUAAAACCCAUAUAUUCCUCGGUAUGCUCAGAAUUUAAAAUACCAAUUUUCAAACACUUCUUAUUGGGCACAUAAGUUUACCCCAGUCAGAAAAUAGAAAUUUAUAAUCAUCUUCAAACAUUUAUAUUGAAAUAGUCAAUAAUCAAUAGAUUAGAUGAGAAUGAUAUGAGAUUUAUGAAUUCAAUAAUUUCUAUCCUAAUCAUUAUGAGAACAAUUUAUUUGAAGGAAUGGAUGGAACUUGUGAUAUUCUUUUACUUUUUCAGAACAACCCCUCCAGAAUAUUUCUUCUAUUUUUAUUAUACAUUUUAUUUUUGAUUAUUUUUAACCCCCUUUACUCCUUUAUUUUGUUGUUAAUUAAAACCUUGUUUAUAACCAGUUACUAAAUAGUAAAUAUCUAGUUUGUUAUACUCGUAAUUCUAUGCAAUCAAUUGUAUUGAUAGAUAUCAAUGUAGCUGUACUACUUAGUUAAAUUUUGAUGAACAUAAUGAUUGAAUUUUAACUAUAACAAAUAAAAUCUUGUUGGUAAAAUUGAAAAAUAUUUUGUUCGUUUUAUAUAAUAAUAAAAAGUCCUUCUCUCACAUUUUGAUAUAAAAAUUAAUUUUUUUAGUUUUAUCUAUGAUUACCAUUUGCUGUUGUUUUAUCAUUGUAAUAUUAACAAUACUAUACAAAUAAAAUAAAAAUAUUUUAAGAUACAUUAAAGUAUCUUAAAGUAAAGAAAUACAUUAAGAUAAUUUGAAAUAAUAUGUAUUUAAAUUGUCAUACUUGAAAAAUAAAAUAAUAUAAUAUGGCGAGGACAUUGUUUCCGAUAAAAUUUUAUUUUCAUUUUUGCCAUAUCUUUUUAUAUCUAAAGUAUACUUUGAAAACCAUUAUAGUUAUCUAGGGACUACCUCAAAGAAGUUCUCAUUGUCCCUCAAAAAUUGUUUUAUUCUUUUUAUUCUUAAAUUCAUUUUGUAAUUAAAUUUAUGAUACAAAUUUUGAUCAAAAAUGGCUUAACAAUUCUAUACCUGCAAAUUAAUAUACUUUUUCAAAUUAAGAAUAAUAUUGCACACUCUUUAAAAAUCACAUUCUAGAAAUAGUUUUCUUUAUAUUUUCUUUGAGUGCGUUUUUAGUAUUCAUAAAUAUUUUUUUAAUUUUGCAUAACCACCAACUAAUUUGCACAUAUGUUUGUCAUACUUAAUUAUAUGGUAAUUUACUUCAAUAUCAAAUGAUUCUUCCAAUAAGAGCGACAGGUUAUUUAUUUAUCAUUAUUAUGACUAGGUGUUUUCCAAUAAUAAUAUACUUAGGUAGAAAACAAAUUAGGUUAAAAUAAUAUCAAAAUUGUAAUAACAAGUAAAUAGAAAAAAAUAAAAAAAUAAUAUUUUACGCCGACAUUUUAAUACGUAUAUUAUUUUCAAAUAAUGUAUAUCUAACAUUUUUUUACGCUAUACAGUGGUGAUACAAAAUAUUAUAACCAAACUAUUUUUUGUUAUUUCUUUAAUUCUAUAUUACAAAUACAACUAUAUAUACUAUAUAUUAACUAUAAUAAAAUAUGUAUUUUGUUUCCCUUAAUUUUUGUAAAUAUACAUUAAAAGAAUGAACUGAUACUGCUGAUGGGUGCGCCACUGUUGUUGGUUAGAAGUUGGAAAGGUUGGAUACAUAAUAUUAUUUAAUUUAUAUUUGUACGCAAUAAUAAAUAAACCAUUGCAAACAAAAUACAAAUCUGAGCAAAGUUCUGUUAUUAUAUGUUUUGAAAUACUGUAAUAUUUACAAUUUUUUUCAAAAUGUAUUCUUAAAACAAUAAUAAAAAAAAACUAUUACAUUACCAUCAACUUUUUUUUUACCACUAUCUAUAACUUGCAAUGAACAUCGGGUUAAAUUUUCAAACAUUUUUGUUUAGUCAAAUAUUUUUAUUCACAUAAUUGUUAGUACCUUAACAAAUAAAAACUAAAACAAAAACCUAAUCUAUUAAUAGGUAUGUAAUAGGUAUGUCAAGAAAAGGUUAAUAUAAGUAAUUUGUACAAAUUUUAGCUCUACAAUAAUUUUUAAUCUAUUUACAACAAAAAGCCAAAAUUGAAAAUAAUGUAACCUUCUGUAAUUCCUAUGGUUUUUUCCCAAUCAAUAUGAAAACUGGCUGGAAAAUGAACAUGGAUUUAACUAAAUCCAGAAUACAACAAAAAAAUCUUAGAAUUUUUAAUUUAAAACAAAAUUUCUAGUAGAAACAAUGCUACAAAUCAAAAGUAACGCUGUAAAUAUUUUUUCAAUUUUCCUACAAAUUUUCUUCUGGUUUUUUUUAUAUUAUUAUAAAAAUCCUUUGGAAUAUUAAAAAAUGACCUCAAUGCUACAACUGGUUCCAAAAUGCAAAAAAUUAUUCUCUUGUAAUUUUGGGAUUCAAGAUUUCUCGUAAAAAAGUUUUUCUCAGACACAGAAAAAAAAACAUGUAUUAAAACCAUUAAAAUCUUCACUUAGCUCAGUAUCUAAAAUAUAAUAAUCACAUUAUUCAACAUAGUAUUAAUAAUUAAAAUGAAACAGAUUUCUGUGCAUAACUAGUAUGAUUGUAUUACAAAUAUGAUUAAGAUAAUAAUUUGUAUUAUACACUUUGUUUUGGGUUGCUUCAUUUUGAUUCAUAAUUUUAUGGUGACUGGUCAGUAACUAUUUAGUAUAAUAUAUUAUAAUAUUCUUAUCUAGUUAUUAUGUAUGUAUAUGAUUUUGACAUGGCAUUUAGUACAAUGAUAAUGUACAGCAAAUUCGUUUUUUUUUUUACAUUAUAAAACAUUUAAAAAUGAUGAAUGAUUUUACAAUUACAUAUUUAUUUUAAAUAAUUAUAUUAAGAAUUAUGUGUUCCUGCUUGAAGGAAAAUUAAGUAAUUUAUUUACUAAUCAUGAUUUAAUGUUAAUAUUUUGAAAAAUGUAAAUAACUACUUAUGAAUACAUUGUUUCCUAUUUAUUUGAAUUAAUAUAAUCUGUUACAAAUAUAAUAUAAAAUUAAUAUGGGUUAUUUGAAUCAUUUCAAAAAUUAGAUAUAUUAAUAAAUAUACAAAUCAUACACAUUAUAGAUUAAAUAACACUAAUCUUCAGGUUUUGUACCAACUGUGUAUAAUAGGUAAUAUUUAUUAUUGUUAGAGAAACUAAAAUGUUAAAAUGUUCUUACACUCCUCAAUAUAAAAUGUGUAUGCUUUGUAUGGGAUCUGUAUAUUCUGUAUUUGAAGAGGUAGACUACAGUGAUCCAUAAAAUAAAUAACUUUUAUUUUUGACAAAUUGUAGUUAUAUCAUUAUAUUUAAAUUGUUUGUAAUUAUAUAAAAUAUUACUUAGAUUUAGAACUAAGUAUAUUUAUUGCAUUAUUAAGCAUACUUGCAUAUGUAGGGGCUAUCUGACAUUUAUCACAGGAGGCACAAAAUAAUAUUUAUCUAUCCCACUCCUUCAACAUUUUUUGGUAAAAGAUUAAUUCCUUACAAAAUAAAUGUUUCGUUUAGAUAAAAAAAGGUAUUUAUAUUUUCAUAUUAUUUUUAAAAAUUAUAUUGUAUAUAAUUAUACAUCCAUAUAAAUAUUUAAAAUAAUAUACUUAAAAAAAAUAUUUGUUAUAAUUUUAAAUGUCUUGAUAUUAGGUUUUAAUAGAUUAAACUUUUCAAUAAUUACAUCAUUAUAUAAUUGAUUGACGUUAUAAGGUCUUGCUCCGUGAAAAUCAUUAACAUAAAAUCUAGUCUCUCUUGUUUCAUUCAACUCCUCAGUUUUGUUUUUACAAUAUUUAAUUUUAAAAAUGACCGCUUGCAGGAUUGCCUGGUAAUUGGAAUAGUCACAAUAUUGGAUAGUGCUUUGAGUACAUUAGGAAAACUGUCAUUGUUUGUUAAUUUUAACAACCAAUUAUGAAUUAUUUUGGUUGUUAAUUUGUAUGGCUUAUGUUUAAUAAAUAUUGCCCAAUUAUAAAAACAUCAAGAGAUCUUUUUGUUGAAUUUUUAAUUUAAUUAGUGACCAUGAAAAUAGUUUUUUGUAGUAUUUUUAAUUAUUGAGAAAAACCAAAAAAUACAUAGAAAGAUCUGGAAAAUUUAUGAAAAUAAUAAAACCAUUAUUUUCAAUAUUUUUCAAGAAAAUUUGACUAAAUCUGAUCUUUUUUUUUUAUUAUUCCCUAAACAAAAAAAAAAAUAAAUUUAUUAAUUCACUUUAGAAAAUUUUGUAAAAAUUUUAAUGUAUCAUACAUUCAUAUCAGAUUAGGUUUCUUAAUUAUAGCCAUUUUAUUUCUAGAAAAUAAGCGUGAAAAUAAUUGAUAUUCAAUAGAAGGAAAGAAUUAUCGUACUGAUUGUUAUUCCUUAUCGCAUAACGUAUUAUUUUAUUGAAUAUUAAUUGUUUUGACGCCUAAUUAAAAGGGCUUUAACUCUGAAAUUAUUCAUCAGAUAUGAAUGUGUGAUAUAUUAUUAAAACUUUUUGAACUAUUUUUACAAAAUGGCUAUUUUGAAAAUUUUCUAAAGUGUGAAUAAAGUUAUUUUUUUUUUUUAAUUUCCCCUCUACCUUUCCAACUUCUCAUCUACAACAUGGCCCACUCAUUGUGCGAAGUAUAUCCGUAUUUUUUUUUUGUUAGAGCUGGUUUCUAUAAUUGUGAAUUUUACAAGUACUUUUAUUUUAUUAACAGAUGGAAUUUUAAUGCUUUGUAAGUCAUAUACUUAAGAACUUUUUCAUACAGAGAUUCAUAUUGGUUAUCAUCAAGUCUUUUAGGUCUUAGAUUUUUUAAAAUCUAAUUUCUACAGUUUCGAACUAACUAUACAAAUUUCUUUUAAAAUAGGUUUUACCAUGUAUAGUACAAAAAUAAAGUUAUAAUUAUUAAUUUGCUUUAGCUCUAACUUCUGAUAUAUUUUAGUAGUAUCGGCAAUAUUAUCAAGACAUUGUAAAAGAGAUGAAUAAUUUGUUUUUAACAUAUAAACUGUCUCUGAAUAAUGUGCCCAUCUACUGGUCGAGAAACUUGAACAUUUUCAGUUUAAAAUGAGUUUGCCUUGCACUAGUUUCCAAAACUGCAUGUCGUACAGUGCUUUCUUCAACAAAGUUGUAUAAAAGCUGCACAUAACCAAAAAUAGUCAAACACAACGAAAAUGUCAAUAAUUAUAUUAUAUUUCAAAUUUAAGAAUCUAGAAACGACUUGCAGAGUGUGCAGCUACAUACCCUGUAGCCUAUAUUUGUGUACUUACUUAAUGAACGAAAGAGGUAUUUUGAUGAAAAUGACUUAAGAUUUUAGGAAAACUAAAAAUUUACUAUACAUUUUAAACAUCAAACAUAUAAAAAGCUAAUUCAUCUUAGUAUAUUGUGAUUAUAAUAAUUGUUUUACAACAGUAAAAUUUUCUAUACCUUAAUUUAUUACUUGUAUAGUAUAAAAUUAUUUUGAUAAAAGUUAAGUUUUAUAAUAAUAUAUGUAAAUUUAAAUUGAUACAAGUAGAAAUCUGCUUUGAAUAUAUUUAUUUAAUUUAUUUUAAAAUAAUGUAUUAAGCAUAUUUAUUGUAAUUUAGAUAAAUUAAAUAAAUAUAUUCAAAGCAGAUUUCUACUUGUAUCAAUUUAAAUUUACAUAUAUUGUUAUAGAAACUAUCUUUUUUCAAAAUAAUUUUUAUUAUAAAUGUAACAAAGCAAUAUUUUGCAGGAGAACCUACCACAUUAAUGUUUAUAAAAUUUUGUUCUUUUUCAUCCAUAAGUCAAAACAAGAUGAUACCUAAACUAUAAUCAACCUAUGAUUUUAAUUAAUUUGAAUAAUUUAGGAUAAAUAAGUAUGUCUGGCUAAAUGCCAAUGAAAUGGCAGUAUUAGAUAUGGCGUACCAAUGCAUGUUAUUUAGUUAUAUUUUAGUGGACAUAAUGGUUAUCUACAUGGUUGUAUUUACUAAAACUGGUGAUUAAUUUACACUUUGUAGAUAACCAUGGUUAAUAUUAAGUUUUAGAAGGGGUAUUUUAAUAUUUUAGAAGAUUAGUUAGUUUUAAGUACUCUGAUUUUCUGUAUGCAUGUUGGUAAGGUUUAAAUUAUUUAUUUUUUUCCAUUAUACGUUUAGAUUUUCAAAAGAGUGAAUGACCUAUAUAUUUUCAAUAUCUAAUAUUUGUUUAACAAAGAAACACAUACCUAGUAAACAUUUUACUACUGUAUAUAGUUAUAUGGUACCAAAACAACCUAUGAUAAAUCUUCAACAGAUUUUAGAAAAAUUUUGAAAAUUUAAAAAUAUUUUAUUUAUAUAAAACUAAAUAAAAGCUUAAAAAAAAAAAAUCGAAAAUUUAAACUGAUCUUAAAUAGCCCAAAAAUUGCCAGAAUGUUUUAAAAAUUGUUGUAUGUCUAGAAAAUUCUUAAUUCUGAAUAAAAGUCAGUUAAUUUUAACUGAAUUGUAACAAAAGAAAUUUUUAUUGUAUACAUUUUCCCGUUUUGUGACUUUCCAAGUUAUUUAGAAAACUUCAAGGAAAAUCAAAAAAUUAAUUUCCCAGUAUAACUCAAAAGUUCUUUUGUCUUUUUAAUUAAAGCAAGAUUUCUUGUAGAAAAUUUGUUAACAUUUAUUAUAGUAAUACAUUUUUGUUAUGCUCAGAAUCUAUAAUUUUGAUUAUGGAGAAAUAAUCUGUUAUUUUUUUCUAAGCAUGUUUAUUUUUCAUAACCUAUAAGUAUUGCAUGAGUGUGUAAAGAUUAUUAUUAUUUGUAUUUUGUUAGUUAAAAUAAAGUUUUACAUAGAUACUUUGUAAAGUAUGAUAGUAAUUGAUAUUGUGAUUUACAACUUAAAUUAUUUGGAUUUACCAUUAAAAUGUAUUAUACUUGAUUAAUUUAUAAAGUAUAAGGUUUAGUCAAUAUUUUGAACGUGUUUGCAGGAUUCCCAAAUUAGUCCAAAACAUACAGUUCAUCAACCGAUUUCGCGAAAGCAAAGAUUGCUUCAGGAAUUGCAUAAUUCACCUAUGCCUGAUCAACAGAAGUUAUCAACUCAUAUUUCCACUGUUGAUCAACAGAGCACAAAACCAAAAGUUUGUUUGCACACAUGUUUUUAAAUAUAUUUAAAUUAUAUAUAUUAUUAUGUAUUAUCUUUGUUUAUUAUUAAGGAUGAAAAAGCUAUUUCAUCAUCAAAUAAAUUAGACUGCAUAAAAGUUGAUGAAAAAUCAACAGCAAAAGAUAUGUUGAGUCAAAUCAUCAAUGAAUCUUUAAUGGACAAUACGUCACCAUUACCUUCUCAGUUUACAACUAAUAAUUUUUAUAAACCAGUAUGAGGAAAUGUUUAAUUUGUUAAUUAUUACAGUCAUUUUAACAUACCUAUUGUAUUUCAUUUGUGCAGAAAGAAGAAACGAAAUCUCCUGCGUCAAUUAUAAUAACCAAACAAGAUAAUAUUAAAAUUGAACAUUCAGAUUGGCCGCAUAAUGACCGCAAUACAUCAUGUAAAACUCCAUCGCGCCAUCGAUCAUCUAGUUUAGAGCUUGCAGAAAAAGAAGCGCAAGAAGUUAUUAGAGAUUUGUUAGUAUUGAAUCAGCUGUCCUCAUCUUGUUCGUCGCGUAAUACAAAAGAUAAUACAUAUAAAAAACAUGUACCAAUGUAUUCUUCCCGUUCACCUGAUGCACAUACAAGUUCACCACUAGGAGUUAUUCAUCAUCCAGCUUAUAGGAAUUCUUAUAUUACAGUAUGUAUUAGUCGACUUAUGAAAAUAAUAUAAAUUGUGAAUUAUUAUAAUUGUUUAUUUAUUUGUAGACUACCAGUACGAUAAGUAAAUCAAAAAGUGAAUUGACUCAUGGGACAGCAAUAGGCAUGCCAAAAAUGAAUAUUGGUUUCCAAGAUGAGUUCCUCAAACACAUGGUGAAAACCGAAGAACCCAAUUCACAAUUGACUACAGAUAGUUAUCAGUAAUAAAUAAAUAAUAGUUAUUAAGCAAAGGAAAAAAAAAAUCUUAUAAUUUAUUGGUUUUGUAGAAAACAGGGGAUGCCACAUUAUGGUUCAAAACAUACAAAUGCUAAAUCUUCAGAGGUUAGUUGGUUUAUUAUUGGCACACUUAAAAUUGUUACAACUAAGUUUAUAUAAUAAUAAUAUGUGAAUACAAAUUUGUUUCAGAACUUAUAUCAACAACAGUUUUACUCAACACUGAAUACAAAACAAAAUCAAGAUAUAAGUCAUAAUUCAAUAACAUACAGUAGUAAGUUAAUAUCAAUAUUGAAAUAGCAUAGUAAAAUGUAAUUAAUAUUUAAUUUGUACUAAUUAUAACACAAACAUUUCAGAUACAAAUGAAUAAAGUGAAUAUUUUAAAAUAAACGAAUAUAGUAUAUACAAAACUAUAAUGAAGUUUGAUACAGUCAACAAUAUCUUCAAAUUUAACACUAUACGAGAGUAAUUUUAUCUUUAUUUUUAUUUAUAUAAUUAGUAUUAUACUCAACUAGUAGUAUUAUAAUUUUAAAAGAUAAACCUCAAGAUAAAUGUAAAAAGAAAAGUAAUAACUAUAGGUGUAUUUUAAAAUUUUAAAAUAAAUGUUUAUGUAUAUAAUAUUGUAUCAUCCAUAUUUAUUUGUUCAGUGUAUAUUCCAUUAAAAUCCAUCCUAAAUAUAAUAAUAAUUGCAUAAUAUGUUAGUAUACAGUUUGCCAUACUAAUAAAUAUAAAAUUUACUAUCUAUGUUAAUUAACAGUCUCAAAUAAAAUUGUAUAAAUUUUGUAUUUCCUUACCGAUAUAAGAAAUUGUAUAUUAUAUUACCACUGUCCAAACGACUAAUUUUUCUUAUACAUUUUAAUAAGUCAAUCAUUGCAGCUGUAAAUUUGUUUUCUAAAAUUUGUAUAGUUUUUUCAAAAUCCAUUUUCAGAUUAAGAUGAUUUGUUGGUAACUGAAACAAAGACAAUUAAACAUUUAAGUUUAUUGAAUAUAAUUACCUAAUGAGUACUUAUAACGUACAAUCAAAUUUAUAAUUAAACUCAGCCUGUAGAAAUGUAGCAAUGUUGGAAAAAGUAACAUCAACUAAUCUAAUAACCAUAAAUUGCAAUGUUAUA